ACUACCACUCUCAAUCACAUCCAUCAUGUCGGACAUCCCUACCACAGGCACUCGCAGUCAGCUGCACCCCGAAAUCCAGACCUUCCUCAAGGACCACCCAAAACUUCACCUCGGAGGCCAGGAAGAUUUCCACGAUGAGAGGAACCACCAUCUCGAGGUCUUUGGUAUCCACAACCUGCCCAAGGAUAAAAUUCACCCCAUUGGAGAGGUCGAGUUCACUGCUAUCCGUGGGGCCCAUGGAACAAUCCCUGUUCGUGUCUUGUAUCCCAAGAGCGGAGAGGAUAAACGCAAGAACGGUGAAGCAGCUGCUUUGGUCUACUUUCACGGUGGAGGUUACACGGUCGGCUCAGUCGAUGAAUUCGAGAACGGUCUGAGAUUGCUGGCCGAAGAGAGUGGAGUACAGGUCUACGGUGUCGACUACAGACUCGCCCCCGAGUACCGCUUCCCCAUUCAAUUAGAUGAGUACUCCGCCGUAAUCGACUGGCUCCAAGGCGAUGGAGGCAAAGCUCGCGGCGUACACCCCUCCAAAGUAAUGGGCGGCGGCGACUCAGCAGGCGGCAACAUGACCGCAGCAACAACCCUUCGCCGUGCAGACAAAAACCAAACACCUCUCGCCGCACAAAUCAUGCUGUACCCCGAAGCCCGCGUUCCCUUCGACACCCCCGCCGCGGUCGAAAACAACAGCGGCUACUACCUCGAGUGCAAUGGCAUUUUCAGUUUCGCCGAUCACUAUUUGCCCAGAGGUACACCGCCAUCAAAUCGCUACAUAUCGCCCGGUAUGCAGGAUAUCAGUAAACUUGGUGGCCAGCCCCCUGCUGCCAUCUACACGUCUGGCUUUGACCCUCUGCGUGAUGUGGGUGUUGAGUAUGCGCACAAGUUGAAGCAAGCGAAGAAUGAGGUUGUUUGGCAUCAUUAUGAGGAUAUGACCCAUGGAUUCUUGCAAAUGACUGCUUGGUCGGACAAGGCUAUCUCUUGUGUCAAGGAUAUCGCUAUGGAUAUGAAGAAGUUUGGCUACGGCUCAUGAAUAUAAUCUACAGGGGGAAGGGACGCCGGUAGUCACUUCUAAAUCUCGUGCUCAAUGUACAUCAUGAAUGCAUGCCUCGGCAUUUCUGUGACUUCAAUUGGUAGUGGUUGAUG